CGCCGGCCAAUCAGAUCGAGCCCGUCCCAGCUGUCCUUCCUCCCCGCGAAGCAUCCGUCCAUGAACCUGGAGCGCCUGCCGCCGCCGGCGGGAUCGCGCCACGGCCACUACCGCUACGCGCGGAUGCCGCCGCCGGCGGGCCCCGAGGGGGAGGCGUCGCCGUCGGACCCGGAGCCCGAGCCCGAGCCCGAGCGGCGGCUGGAGGUCCUCGCGGCCUCGGCCUCGGCGUCGCUCCGGGUGCCCGAAGCGGCGCGGGUGUUCGACGAGCUGCCCCGGGCCUCCAUCGUCGCCGUCUCGCGCCCCGACGCCGGGGACAUCACGCCCAUGCUCCUCUCCUACACCAUCGAGGUCCACUACAAGCAGUUGGGACCUUUGUGGAUCAUGCGUUGAUCUUGACGAUCAGUACAAUAGAAUACACAUGAAGAACAACCACGUGUGCAGGCAUAAACAUAGAACAGAUAAAAAAGAACUAUCAUUAGAAACUCAUGAGGGAAUACCUUUGUCACAUUAUGCAUAUUUUAUCAUCUUGAAUACUUAUUUAUUUGCUUCUCAUGCGCAUCCAUAUUUUUGUCGUUCUAUGUUUUAUCACAGUAGUUACGAAUGUGCCAUAUCUGCUCUGAAUAAUGUUCACUACUUCUAUCAGUUUAGGUGGCGUCUAUAUAAGAAAGCUUCACAGGUUUUCUAUCUGCACUUUGCAUUGAAGAGGCGUGAAUUUCUUGAGGAAUUCCAUGAAAAGCAGGAGCAGGUCAAAGAAUGGCUCCAAAAUUUGGGAAUUGGGGAGCACAUGCCAGUAGUACAUGAUGAGGAUGAAGCAGAUGAUGUGAAUGUUCCACCACAAUAUGACGAUAACUCCAUUAGAAAUAGAAAUGUUCCUUCAAGUGCUGUUUUGCCUGUCAUCCGACCAGCUAUUGGACGUCAAAACUCUAUUUCUGAUCGAGCAAAAGUUGCAAUGCAAGAAUAUCUGAACCAUUUCUUAGGGAACUUGGAUAUUGUCAAUUCGCAGGAGGUUUGCAAAUUUUUGGAGGUGUCAUGUUUGUCAUUUUUACCUGAGUAUGGGCCUAAGCUAAAAGAAGACUACGUUUCAGUUGGACAUUUGCCAAAGAUUCAGAAGGAUCGAAAAAAGCGAUGUUGUUCAUGCGGAUUAUUUAAUUGUUGCAAGAGCAAUUGGCAAAAGGUCUGGGUUGUCCUGAAGCCAGGAUUCUUGGCUUUGCUUGAAGAUCCUUUUGAUCCAAAGCUUUUAGAUGUCAUUAUUUUUGAUGCAUUGCCACAUAUGGAUAUAAAUGGAGAAGGACAGAUUUCUUUAGCAAAAGAGAUCAAAGAACGUAACCCACUGCAUUUUGGAUUCCAGGUGUCUUCUGGUGGCCGGACGAUAAAGCUACGCACAAGAAGCUCUUCUAAGGUCAAGGACUGGGUUACUGCAAUAAAUGCUGCUCGACAACCUCCAGAAGGUUGGUGUUAUCCUCAUCGUUUUGGCUCAUUUGCGCCACCGAGGGGUUUGUUGGAAGAUGGGAGUAUGGCACAAUGGUUUAUAGAUGGGAAAGCUGCCUUCGAAGCUAUUGCGUCCUCCAUUGAGGAAGCUAAAUCAGAGAUAUUUAUUACUGGCUGGUGGCUCUGCCCAGAGUUGUAUCUUCGACGUCCAUUCCAAAAUCAUGGGUCAUCUAGGCUUGAUGCCCUACUGGAAGCAAGAGCUAAGCAGGGUGUACAGAUUUACAUUCUCUUAUACAAGGAAGUUGCUCUUGCACUGAAGAUUAAUAGCUUAUACAGUAAGCAAAGGCUACUUAACAUUCAUGAAAAUGUCAAAGUUUUGCGUUACCCUGAUCAUUUCUCAAGUGGUGUAUACUUGUGGUCACACCAUGAGAAGAUUGUGAUAGUUGACAAUCAAGUAUGUUAUAUUGGAGGUCUUGAUCUGUGCUUUGGUCGCUAUGAUAGUCCUGAGCACAAAGUCACAGAUUCUCCUCCUGUGAUAUGGCCAGGAAAGGACUACUACAAUCCCAGGGAAUCUGAGCCCAAUUCUUGGGAGGACACCAUGAAAGAUGAGCUGGACCGUGCUAAAUAUCCCCGCAUGCCUUGGCAUGAUGUUCAAUGUGCUCUCUAUGGUCCACCUUGCCGUGAUGUAGCGAGGCAUUUUGUUCAGCGCUGGAAUUAUGCAAAGAGGAACAAAGCUCUAAAUGAGCAAGCAAUCCCCUUACUGAUGCCUCAUCACCAUAUGGUAAUACCACACUACAAGGGUAGAAGCAAAGAAACAAAUGAUGAGGCUGAGGGUAAACAAUAUCAUGAUAGAGAUACUGAUAUUAGAAAGCCAGUCUUGACAUCACGCACAUCAUGUCAGGAUGUUCCAUUGCUUCUACCUCAAGAACUUGAGCCUCAGGAAUUGUCCAGUGCAGAUUUAAGGGUGACUGAUUUAGACAUUAUUAACCAUUCAGAUCGCUUAAACAAAAAGAGUUUUAAUCAGCCUUUGCUCAACCGAAAGGCAAAGUUGGAGUCUUCUCAUCAGGAUUUACCUAUGAGAAGUUUUGUGGACAAUCUCAGUUCCCAUGAGUCAUCAUCUAUUAGACAUUUUGAUUCAUCGAAAGAUGAUAGGAAUCUCAUGGACAAGAAAUGGUGGGAAAAGCAGGAGCGAGGUGACCAAGUAGCUUCAGUACUUGACAUUGGACAAGUUGGUCCAAGGGUAGCUUGUCGUUGUCAGGUUGUUAGGAGUGUUGGUCAAUGGUCUGCUGGAACCACUCAAAUUGAAGGGAGCAUCCACAAUGCCUACUUUUCUCUAAUUGAAAAGGCAGAACACUUUAUAUACAUAGAGAAUCAAUUUUUCAUAUCAGGCCUGUCAGGAGAUGAUACAAUAAAAAACCGUGUAUUAGAAGCAUUGUAUCGGCGUAUACUUCGAGCUGAGAGAGAAAAAAAGCGAUUUAAGGCCAUCAUCAUCAUACCUCUUUUACCUGGUUUUCAGGGAGGCAUUGAUGAUGGCGGAGCUGCAUCAGUGAGGGCAAUCAUGCACUGGCAAUAUCGGACUAUAUGCAGAGGCCCUAAUUCGAUUCUUCAGAAUCUAUUUGAUGUUAUUGGGCCUAAGGCACAUGAUUACAUCUCCUUUUAUGGUCUUAGAGCACAUGGUAAACUUUAUGAUGGGGGUCCCUUGGUUACUAGUCAGAUUUACGUACAUAGCAAGCUAAUGAUAGUUGAUGACCGCAUUACAUUGAUUGGCUCUGCAAACAUAAAUGAUAGAAGCUUGCUUGGAUCAAGGGAUUCUGAGAUUGCUGUGGUCAUCGAAGAUAAAGAAGUUGUUAAUUCUAAAAUGGAUGGAAGACCUUGGGAAGCUGGGAAAUUCUCUCUAAGCCUACGUCUAUCUCUGUGGGCGGAGCACCUUGGCCUUCGUCCAGGAGAGGUUAGCCACAUCAUGGAUCCUAUAGAUGAUUCAACAUUCAAAAAUAUCUGGAUGGCCACUGCUAAGGCAAAUACUAUGAUGUACCAAGAUGUCUUCUCUUGUGUACCCAACGAUCUCAUCCACUCAAGGGCCCAAUUUCGGCAAAGCUUUGCUCACUUGAGGGACAAAAUUGGUCACACUACAAUUGAUUUGGGUGUCGCCCAAGAGAAAGUAGAAGCUUACCAAGACCAUGAUCUCAAAGGUACUGACCCUAUGGACAGAUUACAGUUAGUAAAGGGGCAUCUUGUUUCUUUUCCUUUGGAUUUCAUGUGCCAAGAGGACUUGAGACCAUAUUUCAGUGAAAGUGAGUAUUACACAUCACCACAGGUUUUCCAUUAGCCUCUAUCUCGUGAAGUUACUCACUUGGCUGUACAUAUUGCAAGGAUCAGCUUGUAGAUGCUUUACACAUUUUGUCAAUAGGAAAGAAAAAAAGAAACAAAGAUAUUACCAUACCAUUAUAGAGAUACUACAAGUAUAGUUUCCUAGAAAGAAUAGUAUACAAGUACAGUUCAUUCAUUUGACACCUGUUCAAUUUUUGGGCAAGAAACACUCAAAUUUAUUAUUUGUCAGUGCAAAUAAUAUAGGUCUUCCGUUAGCUGUACACAUUGCCUCUGGCAUUUUUUUUCCUAUCCUGCUGUGUGUGUAUGUGCUAUAGUUUUUACUGAGGAUAUUUGACAAUUAACAUAUACUGGAUGCACUGUUCGUUUGCCCCGAGUUGGAGGGACAAUACAUGUACAUGUCCUGUGUUGAAGCAUCUCUAGUCUGGCGAACAUAGGAAUUGCUCGGAUUUGUGCUUAGUAGAAAUGUUCAAUGGAAGCUUGUACAUCCAAGUCUUUGAAGCACUAAAAGAGGUGUAGAUGAGUUACCUGAAUUGCCAUUAUGUGGUGUAUUAUCUGUAUCUAUGUAAAAACUGUUGAAGAUUAAUGUUACUUAUUUUGUUUUGAGAGCUUAAA